UAAAAAAACAAAACACGUUGCAACGUUUCUGUCCCAGAUUUGGACCAGUUCAACUUGAUCUCUUGUCCAACACAGUUCUCUACUCUUGUACAUAUUUAACGAAUAGCGAUGCAAUUUCAAUGGACUUUGCAUUCCCCAACCAGAGUGCAAUUUUUAUAUUUUUUAUUUUUGACUAAUAUGUAUCUUACUGUCAUAAUCAGUUCAACUUGAUCUCUCGUCCAACACAGUUCUCUCGUCACUCUUAUACAUAUUUAACGAAUAACGAUGCAAUUUCAAUGGACUUUGCACUCCCCAACCAGAUUGCAAUUUUGAUAUUUUCUAUUUUUGACUAAUAUUUUACUGUCAUAAUGGUAUUGGCCAAACAAUUAAAAUGUGAUCUUUAACAAUCUUGUAACAGAUUACUUGGUAAGGGUCCAAAUCUAGGACCGAAACGUUGUAAAGUGUUUUGUUUAAAAAAAAAACAUUGGCUUGUGUAGGUCGUUAAAAUUGGAUAUCAUUGGCUCUUAACUACUGGCGUUAUUAAAUACUAUCUGUAAUUUCUUGACAUAUUUUAUGCGCGUUUCUAAACUCACUAAAGAAGAAAGUGUCGCGACCAUUCUGUCCGUCACUGUACACACGCAUGCGCCACUGGAUUUGGACCAAAUACGUGGCGGGAUACCACGCGAUCGGGACCGAAAAGAUGAAAGGGCCGACGGAGAGCGAGCAUAGGUACUGGUUAUACGGUGCUCUUACUAGGGUGACCCGUUUUACGUGCGACGCGCUCGCACGAUAACGCUUCGCGCUACCGCCUUGCCUUAUCUCCGAUUGCGAUUGCGCGCUAGCUCGCGCGGUACCGUUUGCCCCCUGCAUUUGCAUAGAGCCUCGCGCACAGUUUCGCGGCCGUUUCGCGCGAGUGGGUGCUGUCCGCGCGCGUUACGCCCCGACCGCGAGCGCGUCUGCGAGUGAUAAGUCUCUCGGGAAGCGUGGCGUUUCGUAGCGUGUAUUUGCACUUUUCAUUUCAAUUCCCGCGCGGCGCGAUAUAUCGUGCGUUCUAUUACCGCGCGGCCAUCGCCGCAUCACGCGCCUCGCAGAUAUUAGCGCGUUAAAUGUGGGAAAACCACCGCGAUGCAGCGCGACCUCGGCCGACAAGGUGUCUGAAGGAUAUCCCCGCGGGAUUUCUCUCUACCUCUUUCUCUGGCCUUCGCCUUUCCUCGCGGGAUACGGUAGGUCCUGUUCGUAGGCUACCAGGAUGCAGCUCAGACCCAGUUAUCGAGGCGUCUGAAGGCACCCCGCGGCCCGCACGGCUCGGCAUAAAGCAAUAAAAGCGCCCGCGCCACGAGAUAUAUCUCGCGAGGCUCGUGUAAGAAACGGCGAAAGAAAGCCGACUGCACCGGUAAAUCAUAAACGCCACGGGGAUCGAACCCCACGGGAGAUAACUGCCUUCGCGUCAGGAGAUAGAGAGAAAGAAAGAGAGAGGAGCGGAGCGGCUCGGUUAACCGAGCGGGAUUCAUCGUUCGAUCGCGCGCGUCCAUAGGAUCCAUCUAUCCUCGGACGCCUCGGCGGCGCUCGAAAACGAAACAGCCCGGAAGAGGAGCCCGUCCGUCGUUCAUCAUCGGGAGCAGGACAUCCGGAAGAGUUGCCUCGGCCGCGCGCGGAGAGACGGUCUUCAUCGUCCGCUUCUCGCUCGGCGUCGUGGACGUCGUCGAUGGAUCCCUGAUAGCUUCCCCGUAAAAGGAUACGCCUCGCGCGCACAGACAGUCCUCGCCCGCGAGUGAUCGUCACGGAUAUACCGCCGGUAGAUCGCAAUAGUCUGCCGGCCCCGCUAAGGAGAGAGAUGCGUUCGCUCUCGCAACGAUCGGGGGAUAUUAUCGGUAGAUCGCGAUAGUUUUGCCGUAACGCGUUCGCGCUACCGCCCCGAUCAACCGCGGGGAGAGAUGUUCCGCCGCAUGUGUGAAAAGUGUAACGCGGCAAGUGGCAAACCCGCGAGCGGAUCGACACCGAUCGCCUUGACUCGCGAUCGAACGGUGCGUUCGACGCGGUGCUCCGUCGACGGUGUUUUGUGAUCCUCGAUCUCACUGCGCGCUGUUGCCCCAGGCAACAGUUUAGUGGCUAGUGAACGGAGUUUCACGUAUUGUUUGUAACGGGCCGGGAGAUCAACGAGCCGGCUUUAAUAUCCGCCGCGAAUCAAUUUUACGCCGUUCGACGAGGGAAAUCGAUUUUAUCGCUCGAGAUAGAUGUAAACGUAGCGAUCGCACACAGUUCUACGAAUGCAUAAUUGGAUCUCUCCCUCUUCCGCGCGGGGAUCGCCUGACGCCCGCAAAGUGUCGAAAGUAACUCGGCGCCGAGGGGGUUAACGUCGCACCAUCAUCGUGCCGCGAGACGGAAAGUGACGCUCGCCGAGCGGCUGCGGCGGAGUGACAUAAUUGAAGAAGAAAGUGCCAGCGCAUCCGAGCCCGUUAUUAAGCGGUAAUGAGCGGGUGCCGAAGGGGGAGCGAAGAUGCCUUCGAAAGCAAGCGUCGUGCUCGCUCGACCGCCACGGGGAUUAAAUGACGCUGAGACCUCGAGCUUCCCGGCGUCACCCUGAGGAGGAACUGUCUCGUUCGAAUCAGCCUCGUCGCGUCGCGUUUCCCGAUCCCGGGCUCGUCCGAACUGCGCGUUCACCUCGACAUCCCUCGGGACGGAUCGCGCGGUGACGCUGCUUCGAAACGCGUGAGAUCAUGUCGUCGAACGGUGAAUUCUCGACGAUGUCCAGCGAGGAAAUGCCUUCGCUGCCCAAAUCCCUGCCGAGCUCGAGGGAGGCCACCGCCGAGGGUGGUUCCGGUUCCAGCGGCGGUUACAUGCCGCUACGGGAGUUCCUCGAUCGGUUCUCGUUACCAAGGGUCGUCAGACUCGAGGGUACCGGCGGCAGACCGGUGCUCCUGUACAAACAGCAACAGCGAUCGCUGAGAGUCACGGCGAGCCUGCUGAUGCACCGGUACCGGCAUGACGUCAAGGUGGGACCGGAGAUCGUCAUCCCGGAGGGCUAUCCAGGAUGGUUUUCUGUGAUAUCUGGCAGCAACGCGACGGGCAGCGCGCGCGUCUACCGAAGGGUGGAUUCCCUGGUGAAGACGGGGGUGCCUGCUUUUUUGUUAGCGACGCCUCUGCGAGCCUACACGUUGACACACUCGAAAAUGGAGAACGGAAAUCUGCGGGCCCAUUACACGAAGACGACGAUCAGAGCCGGCGAGAUAUUGCGGCUCGUGGCGGUCUUCCAGGACACGAGGCGAUCCAGCUCGGUCUCCUUCGGCAUUUCCGGCGGGUGUCCGGAGAAGGACCAGUACGCGCAGUGCAUCGACCUACACGGACGGGAGGUGUUCGCCUCGCUGUCGACCAGGGGCGAGUUCUACGCGAUCUGUCAGGGCGGCAGCGUCGACACCGGAAGCGACGCGGUGCUCUACAAGGUUCACCACCUCGCCAAGAGACAAUUGCCUCUCAGAGUGCGAUUGAUAGCGGGACCGUUGCCGGUGCCGUUGCCGAAGGAGUACGGCGGUCUAAUGCAACUGGAGACAUCGACGCGUGGUCCGAUAGUGUUGGGCUGCAUCGUUCCCGAGAGACCGGUUCAUAAUCCGGAAAUGCUGGAAUUGGUCGUGUCCGGUAACGGAGCACCGAGAGUGCGAAGGGCUCGAUUGGGUUACCCUUCGGAGGCGAGAUUGCUGGCUUCCCCGAAAAUGCAACGAUUACUAUCAGCUUGCAGCCGAACGGUCGGAGAUCGGGCAACGGAACCGCGAGUAGCGCCCGCGAAGCUGCACCCGCCGACUGUGGAAAGCCUGAGGGAAAUGAAUCUGAAGAAGAUCAAGCCAAAGCCGGAGACCAAGCCGAUUUUGCAGAGCCUGAAGGACGGGCUGGAGCACCUGAAGCGGAGUUCCGUCAAAGAGCGGAACCCGCAGACGAAGCAGAGCACCGGGAACGGCAUUCUGGAGAGGAUCUCGAAACUCACUCAGGGCAACAGAAAUCGUAAUCCCGCGAAGAAGUCGGCUUCCUUCACAUUCGCGGUGAGGCCGGAAAUAGCCAUGAGAUCUCAGGAGCGUUACUCCAGUCUGGAGCCGGAAACUACCUCUCAUCAGACGCGCCAGAAUCAAAAUACCAAGCAGCCGGUGCAGAGGUCCGUGUCGACCAGCGUGCUGGAGAUACCAUGCGUCGAGCUACAGCCCAACUAUUCUCGCGUGAGGGACAGUCUAACGCCGCUGCCGUCGCUCCCGAAGCUGGUCAGGACCGGCAACAAAACCGAGGAAAUCUACGCCGAGAUCUGCGACACCGCGACGGCGAACCAGGCGCAGAAGUGCCCGGGAAGCCACGUGAUGGCGCGAAUCAGGAUCGUCGUGCAGGGCAACGAUUCGUCCUUGGGAGCGCACAACAUGAUCGGCAACAAAAGAUACGUGAACUCGAUGGUGACCAGCGAGCAAAUUGACUCGAUUAUCAGUACAGAGGACGAAGUGAUCUAUAAUACUGUAUUCUAAAAUUAAGAUGACGUACAAAGUGCAUUUAUAAUGCCCAUGAUCAUACGUAAGCGGAAGAGUUCUCUCAUUGUAACCCGAGGCAGCGAUGUAUGGAAAUUCCUAAAGUGUAGGCAAACCGGCUGUGUUCGUCGCGCGUGCCACGCGCGCGAUCGACUUUCUAUCCGCUGUUUCGAGAUGUAUCAUAUUAACGGAUAUAUUAAGAAAAUUUGUAUAAGUAUUUUUCUAGAAAAAUACAGAGAUCUUCUGUACAUAUCUUUGCCAUACUAUUAAUGAACUAACAAUUGGAAUAAGAACGCGCCUUAGAGAUGUUUCUUAAAGAUGGACGAUUCGCUCAAAUUAAUUACAAAUGUAAGUAUAAGUUGUGUUAAAAUAAAAUUGAUCUAAUUUUUGUUAAAUCCAAUUGUGGUCCGCAAACAUAGAACAAUGUAAAGAGGAAGACAAUGAUUCUGUUUGUGUGAGAAAAAUAUAUAUUUUAUGUCUUUUUUAAUA